AUGGACCGAUUCGCCGGCAGUCGGACGUGUCGCAGCGACGCCGCGGCCCCGACGCACGCGUUCCACCUGUUGCUGCAGCUCUACGCGCAUCAAGACGUGGUGAAGGAGCUCUACAGCAGCUACGACGCCCACGCCGCGGAGUUUGAGUUUUACAUCCCGCAGCUCUGCACGUUCCUCAUGCACGGCAACUACGACAAGCAGCACCAGCUCGAGUGCUUCCUCAUGUCGCGGAGCGGCGAGUCGCUGCCGUUUGCGCACCGCUUGACGUGGUUCUUGCGGUCGUUCUGCGACAAUGCGCGCACGUACCACUCGGAGUACUUGAGUGUCACUGCUGCCCACGAUCAGGACAAUGUGGAUCUGCUGACGGCCAUUGGACGACGCGCGGGCGUGCCGGCGCUGCUCAUGAGCAGUGGACUUUGUGUUGAAGAAGUGACCGCGGCGAUCCCGGACAACCUGGAACGGAGACGGUGGACGAACUUCCCGACGGACGACGACGAGCUGGACGUGACGACGUUUGAGACCGACGAGACGUUUGCCGGCCAUUUGAUGCGCAGGAGAAACUCGGUGCAGGACGAAGCGAGGACCGAAGAGGGCAACUCGGAGCAGAUCUCGCUCUUUCGACAGACGCCACGGUUCGUCGAAGCGCUCACGGAUCUCGCCAAGCAGCUCAUCCCGAUACCACGUCACCGGCGGAACAGUAAAUUGCGCAAAGAGCUCAUGGCGAUCCAUCAGCGAAUGCUGCCGUCGGACGUGAUUUACUUGCCCAUUGGCAAUUCGUGUCAUCGCGUGAAAGGCAUUCGGGUCGACGAGUGCUUUACAUUUUCGACCAAAGAGCGAGUGCCGUACUUUCUCUGUGUUGAAGUGCUGGACUACUCGGUGUCGUCUACUGCAGACCCGAGCGUUUAUCCGGAGAAGAACAAGUCAAAGGCAGGUUGCCACCAGACGCACGUCUUCAACCUGAAGCUGCCGUUCAAAAAAGCCGAGGCAGGUCUGGAGACAAGAGGGAAUGCGGUAGACGACUCCCCCAUGUCGAGUAGCACCUCAACCGAGAGCGAGGUGAGCCUAGCGGCGUCACCAAGUGCUGUUUCUUUGUCGUCUGAAUUCGAGAAAGGAGAAGGAAGCGUAGCGGGAUUGCCGACCUUUUCCAAGGAAGUCGAUGAUACGCUGAUCGGGCAUCCGUUAGACGACGGAAACGACGAGAACAGUGUUGACGAAAACGAAGAAGGUAACCGGGAAGCGAGGGCGAUCUUUGCGGAGAAUGAAGGGUCUUAUCGAGCUGAAGAGGCGCAGCAGGAUCGGCUCGGUCAAUGGAACUUGCCGAGACCUGUACCACAUAGCGUGAACGAGUACUCAUCCAGCGCACCGGCUCGGUCGGGCGGACAGUUUGAAAACUUUUACUCAUCGUGGUUCUUGAAGAAAGGCCCGCAAGAUGAUGAUGAAGAAGAAGACGGUAUUGCAUGGAGCCACUCUGAGUCCAACGGAAUGAAUGUCGGCGAGACAGCUGAGAUUGGUGCCGUAGCAGCUUCGACGUUUCGUAAUGAUCCGUCGUGUGUAGAUGAGGGGGCUGACGGUGCUGGUGACGGAGAAACUGAAGUGCAAAACAGCGACUCAGUUCCGGCGUCGCUGUCCUCGAAACAUGCGGAUAUUGAAGUCGCCGUUCCGCAACCUGAUGCGAACGCAAACACCAUGCGUCAGACAGAGCCUGAACGAGAUCGUGCACCGGUCGAUUGCGAUCAUGCUGGUAACGAUACUUCGAAAGUGGUGGGCUCAGAAACGACUCCCGCUCCUACCCAAGCUGCAGGUCCCUUGCCAUCCACAGUUCCGAAAAGUCUGACGGACGACAUGACAUCCACUUGUAUUUCGGAUGAGGCACCACCGUCGUCCAAGAAAGAAGCGAAGUGUGGAGCGACGAGCAAGGCGAAUGGCGGAAAGGGUAACACGGUCAAGCCUAUUGUGUCUGUGGGUAUCUUGGGGUCCAUCUUUGCGAAGAAGUCUCAAAAGGGCACGAAAGUGUCUACUGAAGUGCUUGCAAAACCCGACGAAGCAGCAUGUUUGCCAAGGGCAGAUGCACAGAACGCUUGCGGUGACAGAACGUCAGCGUCAUCGGUUGAGCUCAGUGAGAGCGGUGUUACGGAUGAUUCUUGCGGCCAGGAUGCGGACGACGAGGACACGGACUCAAACCGCGAGCUCGUACCGGACAACGACCAUGUUGCGUGCAAAGCGGAGAACUCGGCCGCAACGUUGAAACCAGCAGAAAAGCAAGCGUCUUUUACUUCGUGGUUCUAUCGGAAGCCCACGCCGUCGAUGGCUGGUCCUACUGACAAGUCCGCGGGUGCUACGCCUCGCGCGGGCGACAAGGCUGUACCAUCUGUAGCUGUCGACUCUGACCUGUGCACUCCGAAACCCACCGAAUGUAUCGUGGAAGACGAAGACAUACCACAGGAGGAGCCUCGAUUUCAGCAACGACCGCGUGACUUGAGCGUGAGUCUUGACUUCGCUGAUCCAACUGCAUGGAAAGAGAAGUUUGAUCUGGAAGACGGUGUUACUGGUGAUGGAUCGGACGCAGAAACGGUUGACAGAAAUACAAUGUGCGACGAUGAUGAGAGCGAGCAAGUGGCGUCGGACGACGAGGACGAGAAGCCGAUGAUCGUGUUCCGCGAGCGCUGGAGUGAUAAAGAAGCACGUAUUCGCAGUGAGUCACCAUACGGUGACCACCCUGGAUGGCGGCUUCUCUCUGUCAUCGUAAAGAGCAACGACGACUUGCGCCAGGAACAGUUUGCAGCGCAGUUGAUUGCGCAGUGUGAUCGAAUCUUCCGCGAGUACUCCCUCCCUCUUUUGCUGAGACCGUACAACGUGAUCGCUACUUCGGCAACGACUGGGCUCAUUGAGGCCGUUCCCGACACCGUUUCUCUCGAUUCUCUCAAGCGGAACGAUCCAGGUUACACUUCGCUGCUUGAUUUCUACACUCGUCUCCACGGCGAUAAAGACACUGCUGGGUUUGCUCGGGCUCAGCGAAAUUUCGUGGAGAGUCUUGCAGCCUACUCUGUGGUCUGCUACGUAUUCCAGAUCAAGGACCGUCACAAUGGCAAUAUCUUGGUGGACACUGACGGACGUGUGAUCCACAUUGACUUCGGCUUCUUUCUCACGAACAGUCCCGGUAGUAACUGGAACUUCGAGCGGGCUCCGUUUAAGUUGACGGAUGAAUUUGUUGAACUGAUGGGCGGACCUCGUAGUUCGACGUUCCGCUACUUUAGGUCGCUCUGCAUUCGCGCAUACUUGGCGUUGCGCCGCAACAUGGACCGGAUCGUGCUGCUUGUGGAGAUGAUGCUCGUGGGAAACGCCGACUUGCCGUGCUUUGCUGGUGGGAAAAAGGCGGUCAUCGAGGGUCUUCGCUCGCGUCUCAAGCCAGGUGCCCGUACGAGCGCUUGCCAAAUGUUUGUGAACCAGCUGAUCGACCAAUCCAUGAACAAUUGGCGGACACGCUGGUACGACAAGUAUCAACGAGCUUGUCUCGGAAUCCUGUAG